UCACACUGUAUAAAUACGCCGGGUUGUCAAAGAAGUAAAGUUUCUCUGGAUCCUCCAUGCAAACUGUCAGCUGAGGACAAACUGGGAAAGCCUUCGGCCUUCUGAGUACUGAGGCAGCACUUUAAAAAAAAAAAAAAAAUCAACAAUACUAAGGUGAAAAAUAUCCACUGCUCAGCAUCAGAACCAGCGACUCGACAGAUCCGCCUUGACAUCCGAGACAACACAAGGGAAUUAAAACAGAAACGCAGGAGCACAAGUCAAGCUAGGGCAUCAGUAACGAUAGCUGGGCCCUGAAAACAUUGUUGCAUAUUUGUGACGACAAAAAGCAGCCUGCAACCUGCUGCCCCCGCCUUUGAGGUGCCUUUACCAUGGUGACACUAAAAGACUCAUACACUUUACAAUAAGCCAGAGGAAAAACUCCUUGUUACAGUUGCAUCACCCCACUUUCAGCAUCAUCUUGAUCACUUUGCUCCCACGACGGCGCUAACCUGGUGUAACCAUGCAUCUAGAAGUUAAGGUUGCCCUCAACUUCAUCGUGUCCUACCUGUACAACAAGCUGCCUCGGCGUCGAGCUGACCUGUUUGGCGAGGAGCUGGAGAGGAUACUGAUGUCUCGUUUCGAGGGGCACUGGUACCCUGAAGCCCCUCUCAGGGGUUCUGCCUUCCGCUGCAUUCACCUGGGAGCACCGAGGGACCCCGUGGUGGAGUUGGCCGCCAAGAGAAGCGGACUGGACACGGAGGAAGUGCGUGCAAAUGUUCCUGCAGAGCUCAGUGUGUGGAUUGACCCUUAUGAGGUAUCCUACCAGAUUGGAGAGAAGGGGGCAGUGAAGGUUCUCUACCUGGAGGACCCUCCAGGCCUCGGGUGUGACAGUGAGAGGGCUGAGGGGGUGAUCAGAGAGGGUAAAGGAGAUGCAGAGGCGGAGGAGGCAAAGAGUCUGGGCUUCAACCCAGACGCUCAGGUGUUUGUGCCAAUUGGAAGCCAGGCGUCUCCUGCCCUCAUGCCAUCGCUCUCUAGCUCUCCCACACCUCUGUCUGCCCAGUCCUGCCCCGGGCUCUUCAGCUACCCCAGCUCCAGCACGCCCACCGAGCCUGCUGCUCACUCCUCCAACACCUCUACCCCUUCUCCUCCCAGCGGCGGGCUGCCCUACCUCUCCACUCAGCAGCCGCCUUCCGCUCUUCCCACUGUCCGUCCUCAGCCCAUCACCUUCACCACCGCCAGCUUCGCCGCCACUAAAUUCGGCUCGACCAAAAUGAAGAAGUGCAGUGGGGCCGGGUCGGCAGCUAGCUCUGCAGUCGUUAUACCGCCUGCCCAGAGGAUGCUCUCCCGCUCUCCAACCACCAUCUCGGCACCAGAGCUGCUCAAGCACAAGCCCCUGUCUCUCUCCUUGCACUCCCUCGGAGGCCCCAUCGCCAGCCAGCUCUCUCCCAACGCCAAAGAGUUUGUCUACCCAGGAUCCCCAGGCCCCCUUUACUUCGAUGCUGACACCCAGCCCUUGCAGCCUCAUGCCAGCCCAUUCCAACCCCCCCACACUGUUAACACCCAUCCGUCCUUUGACCCCUUCUCCAGCCCUCCUCCUGCCCAGAGUGUGGGCAUCAUUGGCAGCAACGGAGGAAUCUCCUACAUGGAGAAGCCGCCGUUCGUUGAGGGAUUAGGAAGCUACAACCUGCAAUAUCCUAGCCAGUCCUUCCAGCCUGUUGUGCUGGCCAACUAAGCCUUCAUUUGUAAUGAUGAGAAUUGUUGUAGGAGGAGGUGGGUGUAGGACAAUGAUGCUCCAGAUAUUUUCAGUUUUUCUAACAAAUUGUUCGAAUACUAAUACAAGUUAGGAAUUAGUUUUACUACAAAGAUUUAAAAUACCACGUUCACUUAAUAGUUAAUAUGAUUUGUUUCAUUCCUCCAUAACCCUGACCCUACCCUGCCCUUUUGUCCAUUGCUGUUACUCAUAACGUUCUGUGUGUUGUCUUUGAUGACAGGAGUGGGUGGGGGGACAAGUUCCUUUCUACCUUGAGUCUCCUACCUUGUUGCCAAUCUCUUUGUUUAUUAUUUUGCAUUGAAUGUUAAUGUGAGGGACUUUUUUUUUUUGUUUUUUUUUUUUUUUUUUUCUUGACUUGUAGUUUAAUGGACCCGGCUCUAGUAUAGCUCUGUUUUGCACUGCACUGUCAUGCUGUGAAAAAGGACCUCGCCAAGUCCUGCAGGGAACGACGGCUGUGGAAAGCUCAGCACUUUGCUCUGCAAUCUGCUCUGCCCUACUUGCCACAAAUACAGAGAGGGGGGCUCUGCUGUCUCUGUGUGUAGUGCUGUUUUUGUUGUGGCUCAGCGUGAUCGAGAGACUCAUUGUUUGUACGGUGGGCCUGUUACCCUUGAAACGCACUCGUGCGCAGGCACAAUUCGACGCUCUUGUCACCGUGUGUGUGUAUAUAUAUUAAUAUUAUAUUGGAAGCAGUUUAUUGUCAGCUGGAAUGUGUACAUGAUGUGGGUUUAAAUGAAGUGAGAGCAGUGGAGGGAGCAGAAAAGGAGCAUCGGAGUGUUAAGGGAGUGAUGUAGUAGAAUGUACAUUGUACCUGUCGGGGAACUGCAGCUGGGAAGGUCGGGGAAACCUUGGUGAAAAGCAAAUCAGUCUUUGCAUUUUAAAGACAAUAACCAUGUGCUGAUACCUCAAUUAUACACACACAUAGGGAUGCAAGUUAUGGUUUCAUACAUGUAUUCAAAUGGACAGACAUGCACACAUAUGCAGAAAUGUGUACAUACAUUCAAUUCCAGUCAGCAGUGUGUGUGAAGGUGAACAGGCGGAGAAGAAGGAAAGGGGAAGCAGCAGCUAAGCAGUAGGGAUUGUGAUAAAUGGCUUAGCAUGACUUUGACUAUGAAGGAGAGGUUUUUCUCUGCAUAGAGGGAGGGGGGGGGGAGCAGCUAGAGGGUUCUGUUGCCUCCGUGGCGUCCAGGCUGUAUUGGCUUAGAGAACGACACUUUAAAACCCAACACACGUUUCGGGUGAGCUUAAAUGGUAUUGGAGCCAAAGGCUCACACUAUUCUCUCCUCUUCUUGAAAUUCUUCAGUGAUCUCUGCUCCUCUGGCUGUUAACAAAGGAGAAAAAACAGAAUAUACAUACAAUUCAAGUUGCUCUGUAUCUUUUCCCAGUUGCAGUGGUGCUGACAAAGAUGACUUUUUUUCAUUGGUGUGUGGCUUUUGUCGCUUUUAUUGGAUAGCUUGUCAGAUCUCUGGAAGUCUGCUGUUUCUAGCUAUGGUUUGUUUACCAGCCGGAUCCAUGUGACUGUUUAGUCACUACAGGGACGAGUAACCCCCAGAUGUCCAUUUAAGCUGUCCAGCACUUUAUUACUGGGCUCUUGAUGCUGUGUGUUGCCCACAGACAUGAGCACUAAACUAUUCCUUUGCCCUGUGUUUGGUAAUGGCACAUUUUAUUCAGCUGUCGUGAAAUGCUUUAGAGAUUCAAACAGGAGUUUAAUUUAUAUUCAAAUGCAUCACGCUGGUGAGGAGAUGCUGUCUGUCUUGUCUGUUUUAUUUUAAUGUUUUCUUGUACCAUAAAUGUUUUUGUACAAGAUGACCCUUGACUUGUGCUCACGCUGGUUUUGCAAUGUGACAGCUUGUCAUAUGCAUGCGAGUUAAAUUUUUAUUUUUUUUUCCAAGGGGGAAUGGGUGGGGAGGGACACAGCUCUGUAAAUGUUAAAAGUAUGAGGGAAAGAUUUAUAAUUUUUGUUUUUGUAAUUUAUUUCCAAUAUUUCUAUAUUUUUGUUUUUGCAAAUGAUCACUUACAUUUGUAUGAGUAAGAUAUGACAAGUCCAGGAAAUAUGUAUAUAAAAAGUUCUUAUGUUCAGAUUCUUUGUUUAGUUUCUUACAUGCUGAGGUUAUUUUUUCAGAAAAUAACAUGAAUAUAUGCAAACUGAGACAAAAAUAAAGAUGUACAGAAUAAAGUAUUGAAUGUGUAUUGUACCUUGUACAGCAUUUGUCUAAUAAGACGGGUAAAUGUAUUCAUUCUUCAAGUUGGAUUUGGAGUUUAAGAUGUGAAUGUUUACAGUGGGUUUGUGUAGGAAAAGAUGGCUGAUUAUCACUUUACCUGUGCUCCCAGGGCAGUCUGACAACAUUACUCCCCAUAGGCAGUACAUUUAAACCAAAAAGCUCCACAUUUCAUUUUCUCUUUGAGUGCAAUGACAUCUUCCCUUUUUAUGUCAACCCACCUAUUUUUUUUUUUUUUUUUCCCCUGUAAAAUUUUCCGUCACUGACCCCCUUUUUUUUUUUUUUUUUUUUUUUUAUCAAUUGCACAUCAACUCUUCUCACUAACACUCCUGUUUUCACCUGUAUGCUACUACAGUACCUAAACCAGUUAUAUUGUGAGUUAUAUGAACAAAAUUUCUUUAAACCUUCUUCAUGUUAUAUUUCCCAUCAGAUUUAACUUUUUCUCACCCUCCCCCCAGUGUGGUUAUCUUCUCCCCAUCAGCCUGAUCCUCUGGUCCUGAUACUAUAGCCAUAUCCCAGACUGUCUUUGCUUACGCAGAUGCUCACCCUUCUCCAGUGCAAUGUAAUGCCAUAAUUUAAAUUACCCUGAAGGAUUCAAGGGGUUACUACCUCUCUGCAAAUUAAAAAUCCAAUAUAUCUCCUCAAUAGGAAAACAGUGUUACGGCAGGUUUGGACGGUUGAAGGAAAUUAUGUGCUGUGAAUGUGAAUCUGAUCUGUUGUUCGUCAACCCUGGUUGAGAUGGCCUGCAGAAAAUAUAUGGGGGGGGGGACUGCUUAUUAUAUUUUGUGUUUAAAAGUCUUGGAGAGAUUUUUAGUCACAUGCAUGUCCAACAUGUUGAAGUGACUUUUUUUUUUUUUUUUUUUUUAUAAAUUUCCACAUUUGUCAGAUUAUUCAGUGCAAACGAGGUGUGUUAAUUUUCCUCUGCAUACAAAUCGGGCUCUUGAGGUGAGAGAUCUUCAGAUGUGAAUAAUUAUUGUAAAAGCUGGUUUGCCCUCACAUCUUUAAGCGUGAAUGCUGGUUUGUGCUUUACACUUGAGAAGAACAGAUUAGAUAGUGUUUUAAACACACCACAAAUCAACUCUAAACGCAGGCUCUUCUACAAUCAGGGUUGAACUUUAAUGAAGAGGAAAAACAAGAAUUUUGUAUUCUGAUGUCCUUUGCUUAUAUCGAUGUGUGCGUUUUAUUUGCACUUUGGAAUAUUUCAUUGUCAUAAAAGAAGUUUAUUUUCUAUGUCAAAUUUAACAUUUAAGAGUAAAAUAGAUAUAAUUAAAAGUUCAGAUGAUGUUUAAAUAUAGUGCUUUCUUUCUUGCCUGUAUUUUAUUAUUUUUCCUAUUUUGUAUCUGAUCUGCACACCCUGUAGAUGUGUAAUGAAUCUUUCACUACUGAAAUGCAAUGACCUGUUUUCUGUGCUGCCCCUCGGGAAUGGGGAGUUACUACUGCAGUUUCUUAUUGUAUCAAAUUCUUUUUUAAGUUUGUAAUAAAAAAACAGAUUGGCAAAAAAUAA